AUCUUAUAGUGCUAUGUAUGAUAAUUAUACAUAUACUAUGAACUGUCCGCCACUUUAUUCUUCAACUUAAUUUUUAACAAUUCAUGUUAAAACGACUUCCCUUCCUUAGUUUUUAAACGAAAUGCUUGAUAACGACGUCACAGCCGUUCCAGUCGCAGAAAUAUCUUUAGAAUACCUAAAAUUUCUUGUAUCUCUUUCUUUUAACGCAAUAGUGUAUAAUCUUAUCUCUUUUACUCGUAAAGUUGAAGUAACCAACUGAAUCGCACUCACUGACAGCUCAAUCAGGAUCAAUAAUUUACCAGACAAUCCCUAUACAAAUCGUGUUUUUGAAACUAAAUAACUUGUGAGGGGCGUUUCACAAUCUCCAACACAUAAGAAGAACACACGAACUAAUAAUGGCGGCCGACCCGUGGAUGGUUCAGCUCCACGAGCACGCGAAAUUUGCCGAACACUUCCGAAACCUCGGCCCUGUCAAUGGGCACCUCACUGGCGAGCAAGCAAAGAGGUUUAUGUUGCAGUCACAACUUCCACCGCCAAUCCUGGGUCAAAUAUGGUCGCUUGCAGACACCAAUGCCGAUGGGAAGCUGGACCUCAAAGAAUUCUCCAUAGCAUGCAAGAUCAUUAAUUUAAAACUACACGGUAUUGAAGUACCAAAAGUCUUGCCACCAUCACUCCUGGCUUCUUUAAGUCCUACAGGAGCACAAAAGCCCCAAUUCCCCGCUGCCCCCGCAAAGCCCCCAGUGCCCCCCAUGCCCGCCAUGCCAUCCCUCCCACAGCAACCAUUGAUAUCCGGUCUCCCAUCCAUGUCGCAGCCUAGCAACCAGUCCCUCCUAUCAGACCUGGUUGGACCCCCUAUUAGUCAACCCUCUCUAGUACAGCCAAUGGUUACGAAACCAGUUCCUGAUUUAAUAUCUGGUGUAAAACCACCACAGCCGAUGGUUGCUCAACCAUUGGUUGCCGUUCCUAACAUGGUUGCCCCCGCUCAGCCUGUUCAACUGAGUCAACCAAUUUCAGCGCCUUUGGUGAAUCAGAUGUCGCAACCGUUGAUACAGACACAGCCUAUUAUGAAUCAGAUUGGCCAGAAUCCGCCUCUCAUUCCUAACUUGCCUGAGCAGUUGGUGCAAGCUACUCCGCCUGUUUUGCCACCGCAGCCUUUAAAUAGGCCAUAUGCCUCUCCUCCUGAGUCUGCGCCUAUUCAGCCUCUUGGAGGCACGAUGGGAUCUCAAGUCAGUACGGGGUCGUUGAUUUCGAGCCCCCCGUCAACCUUGCCCAGCGCUGGGGGUACUGUUGGACAACCUAUUACGUCUACUCCGUUGGCUGCGGUCAAGAGCGAUAGUUUUUCGAAACCAGGAUCAGCAGUGGGAUCAGUGGUGACAAGUCCAACGGAAAUGCCGAUGGGUGUGAUGAGCCCACCACCAGCUUUAGAGUGGGGUAUACCACAACCACAGAAAUUGAAAUACACUCAGCUGUUCAACGCGACAGACCGCAGCAAGUCGGGGUCGGUGUCGGGCGGCCAGGCGCGCUCCAUCAUGCUGCAGUCGCGGCUGCCGCAGCAGGCCCUCGCGCAGAUCUGGGCGCUGGCCGACCUGGACUGCGACGGGAAACUCGGUUGUGAGGAGUUCGUCCUAGCUAUGUAUCUAUGUGAGAAGGCAACGCAAGGUGACGCUGUGCCGGCCAAGUUGCCCCCUGAACUAAUACCGCCUACCUUCAGAAGGGACUCGGUAUCUUCCAACGCUAGUGCCAAGUCAUACGAGGAGAGAAGGAGAGAGAACAUGGCGAGAGGUCAGGCUGAGCUAGAGAGGAGACGGUCACAGCUAGCCGACGCGCAGCUGAAGGAAAAGGCGGAAAGAGAGCGAAAAGAGAGGGAAGAAGCAGAAAAGAGAGAGAAACUACGUCUAGAAGCACAGAAGAGGGAGCAAGAAGAAUUGAUGAGGAAACAGAAAGAAGAACAAGACAAACGCGAAGCAGCCCGGAAAGAAAUGGAGAGGCAAUGCCAGCUUGAGUGGGAGAAAAAAAGAACACGAGAACUGGAGGCUAUGAGGACUGAGGAGCAGUCCAAGGUCCUCAGCCUGAAAGCCAGGAGCCAGGCGAUGGCCGCAGAGCUGAGCUCGGUCACCCAGCGAGCGGGCAACCUCGCCAAGGAUAUCAGGGAGACCAGGACAGCUGUCGCCGCGGCCAAGUGUACUAUAGAUGGCAUGAGGUCUGAUCGCGACUCCAGUAUGUCUGAAAUGCAACAACUGAAAGCAAGGGUGAAGGAAUUGAACGCCAAACAGAUCGCUCUCAAUAAGGAGAAGGCGGAAAUUGAUGCCAAGGCUAAAGCCUCUGAAGGCGCAGGCGAAGACGGAAAACUGAAUAUGAUGGAGAUCACUCUCAAGCAGUUGAGAGAUAAGGUCGAAGCCGCCAAAGCCCUAGUCGAGUCUAAGAAACAAGACCUAGAGACGAACAAGUCACAACUAUCAGAGUUGACCAACACAGUGACAGAGUUGGGGGAGAAGUGCGCCCGCGUCUGGAAGCUGUACGAGGAGAGGAGGCAGGAGUACAUGGAGAGGAGUUCCGCGCCCGCGGAGAGCGCCUGGCCGGCUGCAGAAGCCGACUGGGGUACUACUAACGACGACGCGUGGGGAGAGCCCGCCGCCGCUGAAGACGCCUGGGGAGACGCCCCGCCUACUACUGCCACCGAGCCGGUGCCGGCGGCGAGUGCCGCUAGAUGGCGCUGUGUUUAUGAAUUCGCAGCUCGCACAGCAGACGAACUGAGUCUUCAGCCUGGAGACCUGGUGAGUGACGCCCCUCCGCCGAGAGGGGACGCCGAGCCCGGCUGGAGGUGGGGGACUGCUAGAGGUCAGUCCGGCUGGUUCCCGGAGUCCUACGUGGAGGACAUCAACGCUCCUGCAGCCUACAGCGAGGUCGUGGAACCGAUGGAGAGCAAGACCCAGCUGGAGGGCAUAGCGGAGGUGCCCGAGGCAGAGGUCAGCGACCUGGGAGGGGCCAUGCCGCCAGUCGAGGGUGGUGACUUCUACCUCGCGGCGUACCCUUACACUUCAGCGGAGCCAGGAGACCUGACCUUCGAGGCUGGAGAGAGGAUCGAAGUGGUGCGAAGAGACGGAGACUGGUGGACAGGCAGGAUUGGUAUCAGGACCGGUAUCUUCCCGUCUAACUACGUAACCAAAGACGCGACCACCUCAGCCGCGAGCAUCGCCGCCAUACCGGAGGCCGCGGAGCCCGAGACCAGCGAGCCUUCGCCCCCGCCUGUACAGGAGCAGAAGUCUUCGACCCCGAUAUCAUCGGAAGUGGCCUCUAUAACGGAGUCGGCGGGCCCCGGCGGCCCCGCGCGGCCCGCGUCCGCCGCGCGCCGGGACUCCGGCCGGGACUCCGCCACGGGGCGCAGGAAGAACGAAAUCGCACAGGCCAUAGCCAAUUAUACUGCUACCAGCUCUGAGCAGUUAUCCCUAUCCAAGGGCCAACUCCUGGUGGUGCGUAAGAAGGCAGACAGCGGCUGGUGGGAGGGUGAACUGCAAGCUAAAGGUCGCAACAGACAGGUCGGCUGGUUCCCGGCUAGCUAUGUCAAGAUCCUCCAAUCGUCUGGCCGUACUUCAGGUAGGACCACUCCCGUCCUAUCCAAGAUGGAUACUCUGCCAGCCGAGACAGUUAUCGAUAAGGUGAUAGCCCUCUACCCUUACGCGGCUCAGAACGCCGAUGAGCUGAGCUUCGAGAAGGAUGACAUCAUAGCUGUGACAGACCGCAGCCAGGACCCAGCCUGGUGGCAAGGUGAACUCCGCGGCAUGACCGGUCUCUUCCCAAGCAACUAUGUCACGAAAUUAGUCAACUAAACA